CGGCACUCCGGACAUUCUCCGUCGAAUGUCCGGGUUGGUCUGGAGACAUAUAACGCCAAAGACAUGUCGCAAAGCAUGUUGGCCUGAUAUCUCAACCGGCUGUACAGGUGAGAAGAUCUAGAGAACUGAAUAGUCAUGGGUUCCAUCGACGUUGACGACUCAUUGCCCCAGACGGGGACCGAGUUCCCCUUUCCCAUUGUAUCAUUCCAACCUUUCCUGGAUGGCACUUCAGAGGGCAAGGAAGAGGUGGCAGCCCGACUUUAUGAUGCCUUCCAUAACUUUGGCUGGGUUUACCUGAAAGACUUUGGAGUCUCGCAGGCUGAAAUUGAGGAAAUGUUCCGACGGAGCAAGCAGUUCCAUGAACAGCCUCUGCAAUGGAAGGAACAAUUCAAACUCAACGACCCUUCGGUGAGCCAGGGCUAUACUGGUGACGGCGCCGAAUCGAGUGAUCCUCUGGGUGGCAAAAGUCACAAGGAGUGCUAUGAGCACCGCAAGGUCAACAAGCUCUGCCCGGCAGUAGGAGAGCUCGAUGAAUGGACAACCUGGGCCGAUAGCUUCCACAAGAAACUACUCGACCUGGCAGGACACGUCGCCUCGGCACUGGCCAUGGUUCUAGGACUGGAUGUUGAUGAGUUCCGAGGGCAACUCGGACAACUUGACGGUCAAUUGCGACUGCUGCACUACAUGCCUGUGGCACGAAAGACAUUCGAGUCAGGCCGCAACUUCCGCAUCAACCCUCAUUGCGAUUACGGUCUUUUCACGCUCCUUUUCCAAGACUCGGUAGGCGGUCUUGAAGUUGACCGUUUUCACGACGGCAAAUUCGUGGCAGCCACCCCGAUUCCAGGCACUUGUGUCAUCAAUGUGGCCGACAUUCUUCAGAGGUUUUCCAAUGACAGUCUUCGCUCGACCCGUCACCGGGUCAUGGCACCACAGUUGACUCAGGAGCAACUGGACGCCAUCGGGCCCGAUGGAUACUUACCGGCUCGCUUUUCAACCGCGUUCUUCGUCCACCCGAGACGGGAUUUCGUGGUCAAACCCCUUGUCAAGGAAGGUGACCAACCUCACUAUGACACUUGCGUGGCUGGCUGCUGGAGGGACGCGAUUACAGCAAAGAACUACAAACUCCCCAUCCCCAUGGACACUCCAGAGCAAGUUCAGGCAGCCAAGUGCGUGGAUAUGCGUUACAAAAUGGCCGCCAACAUUGAGGUGAAGCCACUUGUGGGUUGAAAGGACCUCAUGACGCACAGCAUUCAUGGCUUCUUGUAUAUAGCAACCACCGCUUUGGCCAGGCCACCAGCACCAACAGCAGCAUCAGCAGGUAGUUCAGCAUAUGCUGGCUCAGCGGGAAAAUACAUUCGGCGACAGGAUGCUGAACUUAUUCAC